AUGGUGAAGGACUGCCCACAGCCGAGGAUAACUUGUAACAACUGUAGAAAGUCGGGACACGUUGCUAAUGAGUGUUGGACCACUAAGAGAAGCGGUAGUGCAAGUACAACUCAGAGGCCGGAAUUAAGAGGAAGUACGGGGCAGAAGCCGAGCAUUCCUGGUAGAGUCUUUGCUAUGAGUGGGGCAGAGGCUUCACAAUCUGAGGAGCUGAUAAGAGGUAAAUGUAUAAUUAAAGGCAGAUUACUUGAUGUGCUGUUUGAUUCGGGUGUUACGCACUCCUUUAUAUCUGUAGACUGUGUGAAGAGUCUGAAUUUGUAUGUGAUUGAACUGCCGUGUAAUGUUGUGGUGACUACCCCUACGGGUAAACAGGUUGUGACGUCAUGGGUAUGUUUGGGGUGUUCCAUAAUGGUACAUGGUAGGAAGUUUGAGGUGGAUUUGAUUUGUUUACCUCUUUGUCAACGGGAUGUAAUUCUGGAAAUGGGUUGGCUUGCUGCCAACCAUGUGCUACUAGACUGUAGGAUAAGACCUUGA